CCUCGAAUCCCCUCACCAUUGCCGCGCCAUUCCGAGUCUCGGUCGCUAAUGGCAAUGCAGACGAGCACGGCACAAGCGCUGCCGCUGCAGCCGCGCCUCUCGGCCUCGCCGCCUUCCUCGCCAGCCACCGUCGGCACCCUCCUCACCAAUGCUGCCGGCGCCAGCAGGAUUCGGCGAGAAUGCCGCUCACCGCGGUCCUUGCUGUCGCGCAUCCUCGGCAGGGGCGGCGGCGGGUUCCGCUGCCGCGUGCGCAUCCCCCGCUACUGCUCCAGCGGCGCCGGAGCGGCUGCCAAGGAGGACGCCAUAGAGGAGGAGGUGGCUGCUCCAAAGGUCGUGGUGGCGAGCAAGCUAGAAACAGAGGUUCGCGAGUCGCCUCGGAGUUCCAUGCAGGGGAUGAAGGCGGCGCCGGAGGUGUCGGCGGCGAGCCUCGGGCUGGGCGCGGGCCUGGUGCUGCUGCUGUCCAGGGGCGCGGCGGAGCUGAGCAGGAUGGCGGAGCUGCGCGCCCAGAUGGAGCGGCUGGUGAUGGACGUCCGGGCGGAGGCGCGUGGCAGCAGCCGCUCCGACUUGUCUGACGACGACCAUGUCGGCGAUGGUGCCAGCGUCGUGAAGGAACGCAUCGUCUUCGCCGAUGCCGGCGGCGGCGAGGACGCCUCGUUGUCCCGUGGUUCGCGCGAUGCCGCCUCGGCCUGCGGCGAUGCUGGCGUUGGAAAUGCCGCCGCAGCCAUGGAUCAAAUGGAAGCAGAGCUCGAGGCUGAACUGACGCGCCUGCAGCUCGAUUCCGACGACGACGAUGAGGAGGAAUGCGUGGCCCUGCGGCGAGAUCACCAGCUCGAGUCCACCGUGAAGAGCGACAUCUCCUCGGAGAGCGGCUCCCCUGCUUGCGUCGGCAUCGACGGUGUACUCGACGACGCGGCAAUAGAAUGCAAGGAACGUGAAGAUAGCGAGGAGGAGGGGGAGGAAUACACUGACGAGGAGGACGAAGAGAGCAAGCCGUGCCCCGGCGGCGUGCCGGCGCGGGUGCUGGAGCGGAGGCUGCACGAGCUCCUGCAGUCGCGGCACGAGCAGCGGAUCGCGGAGCUGGAGACGGAGCUGCAGCGCGCGCAGAGGAAGCUGCGGGACAAGGAGCGCGAGGUGUCCCGGUGGCGUGACACCGCCAAGCUCGUCUCCCGCCACAAGGACGAGUCGCGGCUCCGGUAGAACCAAACCACCGACGCCGACGAUGGAUAUACGCGCGGCCCGGUCUUUCGGUGGUCUCAUCGUGUCACGAUAGCUACAUAUGAGUAAGGGCAUCUCCAAUGCUCAGCGCUUAGGUGGGCGCUAGCAGGAAUUAAAUAAAAUAUUUUUCUCUGGAGCGCCCGCAUUUUUUUGAAUGUUGGUAGGAGAUCUACCAAAUUCGUUGA